AAACCCUGUUUCAAAUACCAAGAAGAAAUGGUCGUUUCUGUUGGUGGUGAUGGAUCUUGCUCACCAUUUUCAUCUCAGGCCCAGAUUUCACAACCCAAAGAGGCUCCACAUGAAGCUGUGGUAGUCAAGGAAGAAGAAAAAGAAGAAGAAGAGGCACUGAAUUGUAAAGGUGGUGAUUUUCAUGGGUCAUCUUCCAAUGAGAAACUGAAGGAAUCAAAACCAGAGGUGGUGCAGAUCAAAGAAGAGAGCAUAGAUUUUGUGGUUGAUGAUUAUGAUGGUAGAGAUUGCUUCAAUUAUGGUUUUAGUGGAUCAUAUUCUUCAUCUUCUUCAAAAGUGUUGCCUAAACCCAUGGAGUGUUUGCUGGAAAAUGGGCCGCCACCUUUUCUGAACAAGACCUUUCAGGUGGUGGAUGACCCGGAAACCGACCCGAUUGUGUCGUGGAGCCAAGAUCACCAAAGCUUCAUUGUUAGGGACUGCCAUGAGUUCUCUAAGACCAUAUUACCCAAGUACUUCAAGCACAGCAAUUUCGCAAGCUUCGUUCGCCAGCUCAAUACUUAUGGAUUCAAGAAGGUUGAUCCUGAUAGGUGGGAGUUUGCAAAUGAAGGGUUUCAAGGAGGGAAGAAGCACUUGCUGAAAAGCAUCAAGAGAAGAAGCAGAUACAACAGGCAGCCACAAGGAAGCAAUGUGUCAGUUAAUUCAACCAAAAAAGCCAGGUUGGAUGCCCAACUCGAAACUCUGAAGAAGGAUCAGGAUGUACUGAAAGACGAAAUCUUGAAUCUCAAACAGCAACAGAAAUACUCGCAGCAUCAGCUGAUUGCUUUCGAAGAGAGGAUUCAAACUUCUGAGUGUAAGCAGCAGACGAUGCUGCUUUUCCUCACCGAGACAACAAGAGAGCCCAAUUUUGUGGAGCGGCUAAUGCAGAAAAGAGUGAUGAAGAGAGAGCUCGAGGGAGGCGAUUUGGCAAAGAGAAGGAGGUUAAUUUCAGCCCAAGGUUUUGAAGAUUUUGGUGAUUGUGGAGACCAACCUCAAGUGUUUGCUGAUCGAUUGCCAGAAGCAGAACUUGCAACUCAACAGCAAGAAACCCCAUUGCCUGCUUCCUUGGUUGACAAGUCAUGUAGUUCAGUUCAAAAUAACAAGCCACAGGCAGAAGUGCACUAUGUUUACCAUGAUGUGUCCAAGAAAUUGCUAGAUGAAAAUUCAGUUUUUGAUGAUGAAUGUGCAGUCAAUGACUCAAACGUUUACCAGGAAUUGGAGGAUUUAAUUACCAGGCACCACAACUUUGAUGAUUUGAUUGUCAAGCCACACGAUUGGAGUGGAUAUGUCAGUAACUACCUGGUUGAGCAAGCUGGAUGUGUUGGAUCAAUGCCUUGAUAGCACA